AUGGCGGUGCACUACACGACGUUGACGCUGCGCGACGCCGCGGCGCACUUGAUUUCGACGGACGUGGUCUCGGGGCAGCGCCACCUCCACAUGGACCGCUUGCGGACACUCGCGCUCCAAGCCAUCAACGGGGCGUGGAAGCAAACGGCCAACAAUUACCGCUUGCUCGAGUCGACGGAUGUCAAGGUGCUCUUGGCCGUGUUUUGGCUGGCGCUCUUGCACCACGGCGCAGUGCCCCACGCGCCAGCGUCCUUUGACUGCCCGAUUUCGCUCAUGAACCCCUCGCUUGGCGACGCCGACUUGACGCUCGUGGAUGCCAUGAGCUUUGAAAAGUUUAACGUCUACGAGUCGUCGGACGACCUGCACAGCACGCCGCACGUGCGCGCCACGUUCCGGGCCCCCGCGAAUGUGCCCGGCACCUACGAUGUGCACUUUGACGUGGCGUGCGACGUGGGCAACCGGUUUCGGUCGACGGCGAUGGACUAUAUCGUGGCCAACACGGAGCUCAUGUGGAGCAAGGAGUCGGUGCCGCCAACGCACAGCCGCCUCUUUGGCGCGUCGGCGUUUGAUGCCGCGCUCUGCGGCCCCGCCGGCGACACGAAGCUCUCGGUGCUCUUCGACUACAUUUUGCAUGCGAUGCCACCGCACCCGACGUUUCCGUCGGCCGAGGCGGCCGCGCCAACGUCCUGGCUUCCGGUGCACCGCCUCGCGCCGACCCACGCGGUGCUUUUGCAGCAGUACCGCGAUGUGACGCGCACGAUGAAUGCUGCGCGGGAGCUGCCCCGCGCGCGCCGCAUGGAGGCGUUUGCGGCCAAGCUGAAUGGCGUCCUCGGCGUGUACCGCACGCUGCUCGCGGAGCUGCUCGUGCUGGCGCAGGACAAGGAAGGGAACGGGCGCGGUGAAGGCCGCAAGCUGGCCGAGGACAAGGACGAGGGCGUCGACUUGUAG